AUGCUGACGGAAACGGGAUCCAUUCCGAUUAUGGGCGAUGCAACCACUGAUUUCACACGUAUGGUAGGCAGAGCGAUUGCUGGCUAUGAGACACACCUGAAACCGCUGAAUGGAGACGGUGAAGUGAAGCCGGGACAAUUGGGACUGCUGCUAAUUCGAGUAUAUUACGGCAGCACAUUUAUGGGAUACGCCCCUGAUACGAGCGGAAAGGAGAAAGUGGGUGGAGACAGGAGAUGUGGGCUGCGGUGGAUGGACGGAGGAAGAAGAUCUCUUACGACGAAUAAUAAUGGUCUCGUCGAACAUUGGAAUAUUGAAAGGUUGCUGAAUCAGAACGACUUGAUCAAGGGAGUGCAGGUGGUGUCAGUUGGCCGUGGCCAGCCAGUGACAGCGGUCUGUGUGUUGCGGAAUACCCAAUCCAACGUCGCUCACGUUCGAUCUGAACUCGCUGCAAUGUGUAGGAAACACAAGUUUCCCGUGCCUGAUCUCUUCGCGUUCGUCAAUGACUUCCCACGAAUACACACCAAAAUUCAAAAGUAUCGUAUUCGAGAACAGUUACGCGAUUCCUCUAUUUCUGUCUUCUAG